AUGCACACCGCGGAGGUCCUAGACUCGGUUCCAGAUACUUCAAGAGACGUCACAGACACGACGCGCCGUCCACAACCCCUUUCGUCUCGGAUAUCAGCAGAAUGGAGUGGGGCCACCGGUGGGCCCCCGGCGGAGGUAAUCUUGCGGCUUCAUCCCACGCCAGUCACAACAUAUCCAGCGCCGCAAAUCACUGGCAACUUAUCCAUUACGGAAUUGGACGGCAGCGCGAUAGUAGUUCGCGCAGAAGAAGCGUUAAUAGUAGCAUUCGUUCUUCUACUAUGGGUGGCAGCUAUCGCUCUCUUCUUUAACCGCUGGGGCAAGAUCAGAAUGCUAGAACCAUAUCAACCUAAGUUUCAACAACAACAUCGGCAAAGCUGUGUUCUCGCCGAAAACACUAUCACCGUACCACCACUUCAUAGAGCAUCACUGUCGAGAGGCUGUGUUUCAUACGACUGCGGUGGAGCCUUUUCCGCUUAUCAGCCCUGUGGUUACCUUUCCCAUCGGCCUAGACAGAACUCCGUCUUCGUCGGCAGCAUGGGCGGUAUGGCUCUCAUACCAGAAAGUCCACCACGCAGAUCGCGGUCCGCUGCGGAUCUUCCAGCCUUAACCACACCCUCAGACCACGUUCCUACCACGUCCAGGUCAUCUAGGGCCGCCAGCCUUCACACUGUUGACCUAAGAGUGCGUGUACCCUCACCUCGCGCUUCAAGAGCUGGCAGUCUGCAUUCAGCAGACAUUCCAACUGUACAAGUACACGUUAGAGGCUCUAGUACUAAUAUCAAUAGACCUAGGAGUCCUAGACGACUAACCAUUACUAAUGUCUAG